CUCUCACUUGGAGCACAGCUUCAGCAGCCUUUCAGCCGCUGCUCUCUCUGCGCUACUUUUCCUCUUAAACAUAAACUAAAGCAGAUUGAAUAAUGUUUGCUUAAAAUAAUAAAAAAAAUUCUGGAGAUUUUUUUCCUACCCUUGGACAGAUUUCAGGAGGUGAUUUGAGAACCUGAAGACAGAGUGUUACCUGGGCAGUAUGAAAAGGUAUCCAGGCGUCUUUCACUGCUGGGAGAGGAUGCUCGUUUUGUAAAAAACCCCAAAAAACAAAAAACAAACAAACACAAAAAAAUUGCUUACAUUUUUGUGUUUCUUGAUAAAAACUGUAACGCGAUCUGCGACUUUUUGCGCGCUACUUUUAAAACUUUGCAUGACCGAAAUGGAGCGCACCGGAUUAGCUGUUUUAAUGGUUUUAAGUGUUGCACUUAUGCGGGUUGGCGAUGGUCACCAGGAGGCAACAGGUGGGAGGACCGAGGCAAGCCAGAUGGUCCCCGACCAUCAGAUCAGUCAGGGUCACUCUCCCAAAGAAGCUCUGGACCUCUCGAAAACACCUACCACCGGCCAGUCGACAACUCUGCACCGCACGUCCAGGAGAGCGUCAGCAUCCAAAGGUGAAACGGUUCACGCUGCUGGCGCAUCCGGGGAAGACCUCGUCUCAUCGUCGCACGACAGAGCGCAACGCACAGCCAGACACCCGCAAACGAGCAGAGUGAACCGCAGGCAAAGCAGCAAGCCUGGCUCCUCCAGCACAAGACGACUGGCUGGGCCAAAUGUCUGUGUAGGUCAGCAAUGCUGCUCUGGUUGGGCAGUGGCUCCAGGAACCAACCGCUGCAUAAAACCUGACUGCCAGCCCCCCUGUCAGAAUCGCGGCUCCUGCAGCCGACCACAUACUUGUGUGUGCCGCUCAGGCUUUCAGGGGCCCCGCUGUGAGGAGGUGGCCCCCGAGCAGGUGUACAUUCGUGAGCGGGGCACUCUAAGGCGCAUUCAGCCAGGCACCAAACCCUUCCAGAGAGACCCAUCACAGAGAAGACCCUCAGAGAGAAAGGCCACAGACACCAUCAAGCUCCAGACCCCGCGACCUGUGACCACCAAGCAGCCUGCCCAGACUGUAACCCAAGCAAGACGAGGACCUGCAUACUCCUCGCCUCAGCAGAUUGGGACUUCCCGUACCGUGAAGCGUUAUCCAUCGUCCUCUGAGCCCAUAACCUCUAAUGCCCUGCCCAAUGGCAACAGUUUUGCAAACGGCCACGGCAGUGAGAACAGAAACUGGUACUCCCACAGGAACAGACAAGGCAACACCCCAUCCCUUAACGGUCAAAGGUCUCCUAGUGAUAGCCAUUUGCAGGGACAGUUCAACAAUGUGUUGCAUCCAGCAGGUCCAGGGGCUAACCUCACCUCCAAUCUUGACCGGAUUAAGAUUGUCUUUACACCUAUGCUCUGCCGAAGGGUGUGCAGUGGCGGGCACUGCUACAACAGCUGCGAGAAGGGAGAUAUUACCACUGUAUACAGCGACAACUCGCAGCAGCAGCAGCAGCAGCAGCAACAGCAACAGCAACAGCAACAGCAACAGCAACAACAGCCAAAGAACCAAGGCUUCAGACUCUUCUUCUGUCAAAUCCCCUGCAUGAACGGAGGCCGAUGCAUUGGCAGGGACCUGUGUUGGUGCCCAUCGAAUUCAACAGGGAAGUUCUGCCACCUACCAGCUCCACCACCUCCAAAACCCACUCUUCAUAGCCGCAAGGAUGCGACCCACCAGGCAGCAAAAUCACCAUCACAUUCCAUGUACACUUUACCACUCUCCAAUCAGCAUGUGUCUCUCCACCCAUCGCUGGUGAACGUCCACAUACAACACCCGCCAGAGGCUGAGGUCCAGGUUCACCAAGUAGCUCGAGUCCAGCCUGGACAGAGACCAGCCACCACAGAUGGGGCUCACUCUGUCCAGCAACGUUCCCAGCCUGGAAACGGACAUGAACACACGAGUGAACAUAACGGCAGACUCACACACGGCAAUGGCCACUGGAAUGGCCACAUUACAACUUCCAUCCUCCAGAAUGGACACGUUGGCAGAUGCUUUCAGGAAACAGUAGAUGGACAGUGUGGCAAACCUCUGCCAGGGCUAACCAAACAGGAUGAUUGCUGUGGAAGUGUGGGGGCAUCAUGGGGUUUGAACAAGUGCCAAAAGUGCCCAACCAAACCAGCAUAUGCUGUGAUUGCGAAUGGACAAGUGGAGUGUCCCAAGGGCUUUAAACGAAUGAACAUUACACACUGUCAAGACAUCAAUGAGUGUCUGUUGCCAGGGAUAUGUAAGAACGCUGAAUGUCUCAACACCAAAGGAAGCUACAGGUGCACUUGUAAGCCAGGUUUUAUGUUAGAUGCUGCCAGAAGCCACUGUGUGUCUGACAAGGCAGUGUCUGACCACAGGGCCUCAUGCUACCGGUCAGUGUCAUCAGGAACAUGCUCUCUGCCUCUUGUUAAUCACAUCACUAAGCAGAUAUGCUGCUGCAGCCGUGUGGGCAAAGCCUGGGGAAAUGGAUGUGAUCGAUGUCCUUUGCCAGGUUCAGACCACUUCAAGGAGAUCUGCCCAGCUGGUCAUGGAUACACAUACUCACGCUCAGAUGUGCAGAUUUCUCUCAGGCAGCUGGAAGAUGAUGAGCUACAGAGCACAGGAGUGACUCUGGAGGAGCAGGAGCCUGAGUUGCCAUCCUCCCAGCCUUCACGACACAACAACAACCCUCAAACACCCCAGUACCCCCAGUACUCCCAGUACCCCGAGACACCACAAGUACCUCAGUACACUUUGACUUCACAAUAUCCCUCAGAAUCAGGACAAGAAACACCUAAACUGCAAGAUGAUCUGGAAGUUCUGAUGCCGCCUCCUGUUGUGACGGACUCGCCACCAAAUUAUCCAGAGAGCUCUCCAGACUCCCCUGAUUUCAACAUAAGGCCAGAUUUAAAGGAAACAAGCCCUGGAGUUUCCGUCACUGGCAUUAACAAGUGUGCUACUUCACCAAAUAUAUGUGGGCAUGGAAAAUGUGUUCCUGUGCAUAAUGGAUACACUUGUGACUGUGAUCCAGGGUUCAAGCACAAUGCGUUGCAGAACAGUUGCAUUGAUGUGAAUGAGUGUGAAAUAGACCCAUGUGAGGGAAAGGGUCACUGCAUAAACAGCUAUGGCUCCUACACAUGUCAGUGCCACAGCGGCUACAGCCAGGUGAUCACCCAGAACAGGAAAUUCUGUCAAGACAUCAACGAGUGCAGCAUGCCUAACAAGUGCCAGAACGGCCAGUGCGUCAACACUGAGGGAUCUUUCACCUGCGAAUGCAAUGACGGCUACUCCAAAUCAUGGCGAGGCCUGUGUGAAGACGUAGAUGAGUGCAGAGAUCACAGUUCCUGUCCCAACGGCAUCUGUGUCAACACUCUUGGCUCCUUCCAGUGUCAGACCUGUGACUGGGGCUUCAGGCCCAUUGGUGGGAGAUGUGUAGAUAUCAAUGAAUGCUUGAACCAAACCAUGUGCGGUCAUGGUCGGUGUGUCAACACAGAGGGCUCCUAUACAUGCAACUGUUUCCAAGGCUAUAUGCUCUCAUCAAACAGUUUUUGCCAAGAUGUGGAUGAAUGCAUGCUUCCGGGGAUCUGUCUCCAUGGCCGCUGCGUCAAUCUGGACGGCACCCACAAGUGCACCUGUAACCUUGGUUACCAAGUCUCCUCAGACAGCAAGUCAUGUGAAGACGUCAACGAGUGUGCAAGUGGUACAGCAUGCCCAGUGGGGAUUUGUAUCAACACAGCAGGUUCCUACAGUUGCCAGAACUGUGGGCCUGGGUUUGGACCAUCCACUAAUGGGCUGAGAUGUGAAGACAUUGAUGAGUGUGCACAGGGAGGCGUUUGCUUUGGAGGGGUGUGUGCCAACACAGAGGGAUCCUUCAUUUGCACUCAAUGCAAAGCUGGCUAUAGAGUGUCUGAGGACAGGAAGAGGUGUGAAGAUAUUGAUGAGUGCCAGUACCUGUCUACCUGUUCCAAUGGGAUCUGUCUAAACUCUGAAGGGUCUUAUACAUGUGAGAACUGCCCUGCAGGGUAUCAAGUGUCUCUUGAUGGGGAACUCUGUGAAGAUAUCGAUGAGUGUGCAAUGGCAACCACCUGUCCUCAGGGGAAAUGUACAAACACGGAGGGUUCGUUCACGUGUGUCACCUGUCAACCUGGUUUCACAGUUUCUGAUGAUGGACAAAAAUGUGAAGAUGUGGAUGAGUGCUCAGAGGCUAACUUGUGUCCUGGCCAACUGUGUGUUAACACCCCAGGAUUUUACACCUGCAGGAGCUGCGGAGCUGGAUUCCAACUGUCUGAAGACAGUCACACCUGUGAAGAUAUCGACGAGUGCCAGGCUGCAGGUGUUUGCCUCGCAGAGAUUUGUGUUAAUACGGAGGGCUCCUUCUUCUGCAAGUCCUGCGAUCCGGGCUUCAGCAUAGCGCCCAACGGCCUCUCGUGUGAAGAUGUAAAUGAAUGUGAGGAUGCAAGCCUGUGUCUGGGAGGCCAGUGCACCAACACCAUCGGCUCCUAUAGCUGUUUGUGCCCAUCUGGACUGGAGUUGGGAGAUGGGACAUCUUGCAGAAACAUCAACGAGUGUUUAACCAUGGCGGGAAUUUGUGGAGAAGGAAACUGUUUGGAUACGGAGGGUUCCUACAGAUGUGUGUGUCCUGAUGGAUUUACCACCACUGAUGAACGCCCUGGCUGCCAGGAUGUUGAUGAGUGCAGCAGAGAUGAUGUGUGCAUUCGAGGAGAAUGUCUGAACACAGAUGGUUCUUUCUUAUGCUUGUGCGAAGCCGGCUUCAAGUACAACACUGAUUCAGCUGACUGUGAAGACCAGGAUGAGUGUAAAGAGUUUGGAAGCUCGGUGUGUGGUACCUGGAGCUGCAAGAACACCAUCGGCUCCUAUCAGUGCUUCAUGCAGUGCCAGCCUGACAUGCUUACCGGAGACUGCGAUAUUGAUGAAUGCAACAAUGAGACCAUCUGUGGGAGCCACGGCUUCUGUGAGAACACAGUCGGUUCCUUCCUAUGUCAUUGUGACCAAGGCUACACCAACCCACCCGGAGAUAUUACCAGAUGUGUUGACCUGAACGAGUGUGAGAUGAGCUCGGCGCUGUGCGGAGAGGCCCUGUGUGAGAACUUUGACGGAAGCUUCCUGUGCAUCUGCCCCAACGACAAUGAGGAAUUUGAUCCUGAAACCAACCAGUGCCGCUCCAUGGCCGUACCUGACACUAAGCCGGUGUCUACAUCCACUCACAUAACUGAAGAGAGGAAAGAUUGCUAUUAUAACCUAAAUGAUGCCAACUUCUGCAACAAUGUCUUGUCUCGUAACACCACCAAGCAGGAAUGCUGCUGCACAGCUGGCGCCGGCUGGGGCGACAACUGUGAGAUCCACCCCUGUCCUCCUGUAGGAAGAGAUGAUUACAAUCAGUUGUGUCCCUAUGGCAACGGAUUAUUAACUUUUCCUGGGUCUUCUUUACUGGGUCAUGGAGAAGACAUGCGCUACAAAGAUGCAAACGAAUGUGAAAUGUUUAAAAGCGAGAUAUGCAAGAAUGGGCAAUGUUCCAAUUUCUUUUCUGGGUAUACCUGCUACUGUCAAUCUGGAUAUUUCUACGACAAAAUCAGGCUUGAGUGUGUGGAUUAUGAUGAGUGUGGAUUUGGAAACCCUUGUGAAAACGGAGCAUGUGUGAACACAGCAGGAUCGUUCAACUGUUUCUGUAGUCCUCCGCUAGUCCUGGACAGCACAAAGCGCCGCUGUGUCAGUCCCAACACAACAGAAGACAUCAUGGAUUCUGUUCAGGAUGUGCACGUAGAUAUUUGCUGGCACCGACUUGAAGGGGACGACAUGUGUGCAGAACCGAUUCAGGAGCGCAGAACAACAUACACUGAAUGCUGCUGCCUGUACGGCGUCGCUUGGAGUGGUCAGUGUGCAUUCUGCCCCAGGAAAGACUCUGUUGAUUAUGCUUCCAUGUGCAACCUGCCUCGGACAGAAGGCACAGACAGCCUUCGAGAGCGGAUAGGAUACGAGUAUGGCGUGGAAGAGCCAGAGCUUCCCCCGUACUGGGAUAACUAUGGCAUUCCUGAAAGGGUUCCCAUAUUUACUGACAGUGACUACAACAACCCGCAACCACCCUUUCGUGUCCCAGUCCUACGUCCAGGUGGGAGCCAACCCCAACCACUGGAUCGCUAUACAGAGCGGCGUUACGACAGCUUUGAGGGUCUCCGAGCGGAAGAGUGUGGAAUCCUGAACGGAUGUGAAAACGGACGCUGCGUUCGUGUUCAAGAGGGCUACACCUGCGACUGCUUCGAUGGUUACGAACUUAACCUGGAUAAGAUGGCCUGCAUAGACAUAAACGAAUGUGAGGACAUCAGUGACAAGGUCCCCUUGUGCCAGAACGGCCAGUGUAUUAACACGGAGGGGUCCUACAAGUGCAACUGCCUGCCCGGCUUUGUGGCCUCCGCCAAGCCACACAAAUGCAUCUCAGCAAUCCCAGAGUCCACAUUCAGGGAGGCAGAAAACUGAAAGAGAAACAAACUUUUCCUGCUUCCUAAAACCAUCAUCACCCCUGUGCUCUGUCCACCAGAGAGCCCGGCACAAAACCUCCAACAGUAACACUGUUCGUCCAAGCUUUUCUCCCCACAUGUUGCUGGCGGACAUAAAUGUACACAAGCUUUCUCUAAUCCUUUCCCCUGUUACACAUUCAAGAGGACCAGGAACUGCAUUGAAUGUAUUACACGGGAUUUAUUGUUCACCACAUUUCUGUUUGCCUUAAAGGGAUUGUUUUUGAGACUGAUUCUUUCAUAUAUUCAGUGACCCCAGGCAAAUUGAUCUGCUCAUAUAUUUUCCACUGUAUCUUCUCUGUCAAUUCACUUUUUUCGAAGUUUGUUAUUUAUUUUAUUGACAUGAUGGGCCUCUGAAAGUUUAGAGAGCAUUCAGUGUCAGAGGUUCGACUUGAUUCCACUCAUUUCUCACAGAGACUCUGUGAGGAGAUGAAUAAUGUAUUUUUUAAAGAGAAGGAAUUUCUGAAGAAAUCUGUCGUAUAUCGUCUCAUAUCUAUCUGGGUCAACAAACAGAAUUUUUCCCACAGCUGCCUUUUUUCAGGAUUUCUGAACCAAGCACCCAAACUUUCACUUUAAAAGCUCCAGCACCGCACAAGCUUUGACAGACUGUACAUGUAUAUGAGGUUCUGUGAGAUGUUCGGAAAAUGGUGCUCCGAGUAGACUGUUUAGGACCAUUUUCAAAAAAAGAAAUGUAAUACUAACCCCCAUUGCUUUCUUUUGUAAUAGUAUUGAUCUGUUUCACACUUUUAUUUUUUAAAAAUGGAAAAAAAAAACAAGCCUUGUUUGUAUUUUCUGAAAGAAAUACUGAAAUGAGAAUGAGAAAUUGAUGUUAUUUGCCAUUGAAUUUAUUGACCAUUGUCAGAGAGAAAAAGGAAUACUUCUUCAGACCAUGCCAAAGUGUCCUCCACACCUAUUGGCACCCCUUGUAAAGAUGUGUAAGAAUGUAUUUGUAUUUCAUUCUGCAAGCGUUAUUUUUUAAAUAAUUUCUAAAAUAAAGAUACCCUCUCUAAUUAGAUUGAAAACAAUUACAUUUUUUUUUUUUUUUUACAAAAAUACCAGUGCUACACUUAGUGGUAACUCUUGUAUUUCCUUAAAAUAAACAUAAAUUAAUGUUUUACCAUUUGUACUUUUCUCUACAAAGUUGCUAAGAAACUUUUCAGUUUGAACAAUGACUUUCAGUCAGAUAAAGUCUUUGUUAUACCAUGUUUGAAAAAAGUGGUGUAAAAUAUGUCAUUUUGCAUUUGAAAUUUGCCCAAAUCAACACUAAAAUAAUUCACCUGACAAAAAAAAAAUUGCCAACUUCUUUCAAUUUCUAAUUAGUGAAAUUUCUGAGUAGACAGCUGACGACUGGUGAAUCUAAGUUGGGUCCGGAUCCAUAGAUUCGGAUGCGAGUAGUUUUAAGUAUGAUCACCCCGGCUCUCCUCUUUAGCUGCCCUCCUGCCACUGCACACAAAAUUUUCCCUGAACAAAUGUUAUGUUCCUGAUCUGUCACUGAGAAGUGUGCACUCUCUUAUAAUAUUCUCUUAAUGCUAUCUAACAAAAUCAAUGCUAUAUUUGACAUUGCACAUCAAAUGAAAGAAAAAGAGCCACCAUUUCUAGCUUUUGUAGAUUUAUAUCUGUUUGUAAAAAUGUCUUUAAAGCAUUUCUUUUUCUGUAUGAGAAGAGUGACACUGUACCAUAGGAACUCUGUGUAUACCCUGCCCUGUGGAGCAGACUAUGAGUUAUAUAAAUAUAUAUAUUUUUUGCAAGUGGCACCACUGUUAAGAAAUAACAAUUUUGUAAUGCAAGCACCUGCUUAUGUCAAUCACAACAUUGCAGCAUUUUUAAUAACAGUAAACAUGAUUUAUUCCAGUUUUUUUUUAAUGACUGUGUAAUUUAUGGUUUAUAGACAACAUCACCAGACAUAAAUGACUUGUCUGUAAUCAUUAGCAGAUAUUCUCUGUAGCACAUUUAGACCUGAUAACACCUGGACAUGAUGAUUAAAGCUGAUAAUUUAUGCCACUAGCCAUCUUUCUAGAUUUUUAAUCUGCAGUUUUACAAAUGUUUUUAUAUGAAGCCAACUGUCCUUUGCUCUGUUGUUCAAAUAUUUGCCUAAUUUGGACUGGAGACUAUAAAUGCGGUUAAUGCUAAGCUAUUUAAAGUCUUUCAAACAAUAUUAACUACAGACAAAUUAAAUAUUGUAAAGCUGUGGUCAGUAUCUUGACUGUUCAUUUUGUUUACCUCCUGACUGUAAUCUGUAUCAGUCAUCAAAAUAAAUAACAAAA